AGUAUUUCAUUUGUGGUUCUGACGAGACGAUGAUCUGACAAAUGUUGUUUAUGUCCAAUCUUUCUAUAAUCUGUUGUUAAAUGUCCCGGUCUAGAGAUAUCGAAUCAAGAAUCUGGCGGACACCCCAGCACAAAAGUCGGUUUGUGAUUAACUUGCAUUUCAGGUGGAUUCCAUGCUCGAAGGAGUGAGAGGAGAAGUCAAAUGGCAGAUGGAAGCCUUCGAAAGAUGUCUAAAAUUGAGCGUCUGAACGCCCGUGUGGCGAAACUGCUGACGGUGGCGGUGCAUGAGGUUCUGCAGGUGGUUAAAGAGACGGUGUCAGAGUAUCAGGAGAACACGGCCAAAACUCAAAGAGAGAAUGAGAGUCUGAGGAAAAUUCUGCAGGAACUCCAGGAUAAGAUGAAGAGAGAGAACACAGGUGCUGUGCAGACUGUGACUGUCCAACUUGAGCUGCAGAAUUGUAAGCAGGAACUUUCCCUGGGGGAGGACACUGAACUCUUCCCGUCUGAAGAGGAGUUCACCGAGAUUCUCUCUCCAGAGCCACAUGAUGGGCUUACCAGCGAAAAACCCUUUGGAGUCCAAACAUUUGGCUUUCCUCCUAUCAGUUUGAAAAAGAAGAGCAGGUCGUUCCACUCAGCGUGUGGCCCAAGGAGCUUGCUGGCCGAGGAACGACCAGAAACGACCACACAGAGCAGAGAGUUAGAUCUUAAAUCUGAGAUAGGACAUGAUACACAUGUAAAGGAACACAACACUCUGGUGGCUGAUACUGCGCUGUCAGAAACACUAUUGAGUCAUAUGAACUCCACUCACACUGUUUCAAACUCACUUUUCCCAAACGAUUCCCCUCAGGCCUCUCAACCAUUGCUGACUUUUGAGGAGAUCAAACCAGAACCCGAAGUGGAAGCGUAUGUCACAUAUUCAACACCAAAGCAUUUUUAUGACUGUGCAGGCUCAAGCCACAUUUUACCCCAGACCCAACUCAAUCGAGAGCCUCUUCAACCUAACUCAGGGUCUUAUGAACUUGUGUACUUCCAGCCUAACCAAAAUUGCUCAGGGGAAUCAUUUGCAUUGGGAAACAAUGCUGAAUCGGCAUUGGACAGAUUUGAGGAACAGCACAAUACCCUCCCGUUUAGGAAAUCUUUUGGUGGAGCAGGAGGGUUGAGAAUACUCCAGCGACAUCUCGGUAGUGAGAAGCGCUACUGCUGUCCUCUGUGUGGCCGGUGCUUCAGUCACGCUGGUGAUUUUAAAAAACACAAGAGGGUCCACACUGGUGAGAAGCCAUACUGUUGUUCUGUGUGCGGAAAGCGUUUCAGUCAGUCAGGCUACCUAAAAAUACACCAAAGGUACCACACUGGAGAGCGACCGUAUGGCUGUACCCAGUGUGGGAAACGCUUCAGUCAUUCUAGUAAUUUCAAGAAGCACCAGCUUACUCACCUAGGAUCAGUGCCAUAAUGUAUGAGAACAUAAGGGAUCUUUGACUGAGAACUAUGGCAUUCCGUUAAUUUAGAGUUGGUCAGAUUAAGUGUAUGGGGGAAAUGUUCAGGAAAGUGAAAGGAUAAUAUCUAACAGGAGAGAAUUGCUUACUUUGUGUUUGACUUGACAUAAUUACUAAUCUUUGGUAGAGUUUUCUGAUAUGGACAAUAUUGUGAAAAGCUGGUAUUGACAUUUUCAGCACCAAAUCUCACUGAUAGAAUUAAUGCGCAAGACCACAAAUUACUGUAUUAUUCCUGACAAUGGUGGUGUGGGUCUGGGAAUCUUCCUAUUUGAUAUUUACUACUAGUAAACCUCUAAAUUUGAUUAGAAUGUGUAAUUCUUGUCAUUUUGAAUAAACAAAUAUUUUUCUCCAAAACAAAAUGUACGUACUAUUACAUGUAUGUGUUAAUAAAAUAUAUUCCACUGUUGGGACUACAUAUAAUGAUAAUGAAAAUCACUGUCAAAGUGAAACACGAACUUGAGGGCGCGUCCGUUCUGGCAACCGCCCCUUUACGUGACUUGCGGAAGUGACGAGCCCUGUGCUACAACAAAACAGUUCAGCCGUUAUCCACAAAUGGAUACAGGUGAGACAUUUUAUGUUGAACUUGCAUGUUGAUCGCUCAGACGACGACGAAGAAGAAAACAUCGGAGCCAAAACAGGCAUUGAUGCAGUCGGAAGCUAACGUUAGCAUGUCAGAGCCUCUGCGUGUUAAGAUCUGUAACCUUAGCAGCUAGUUAGCUUACAACAGCUACCAUUGUACGGUCAUCGAUGGCUUCAAAGUAAGCCCUGCCUUUUUACAUGAAACUUGGACGUUCUCACAGUCAUUCACUGCACUUUGUAGUCCUGUAACCUAAUUUGUAAAUCAUGUCGAAAAUUGAGCGUUUGAACGCCCGUGUGGCGAAGCUGCUGACGGUGGCGGUGCAUGAGGUUCUGGAGGUGGUGAAAGAGACUGUGUCAGAAUACCAGGAGAAAACAGCCAGAACUCAAAGAGAGAACUUGAGUCUGAGGAGGAGACUACAGGAACUUCAGGAAAAGAUGAAGAGAGAGAACACCGCUCAACAGUCUGCCCCUGCUCCCACAGCCAUUUCAGGUAAAACCGAGCAGGAGGAGGGAAGCGAGGGCAGCCCCUGGCCGCAGGACCCAGAGUCUACACAGUAUGAGGACAAACCAUUGCUCACCCAGAAACCGUGGAGGAGACUGGAGAUAGAGUACAACAACUCACUGGAGCUAGACCACUUGGAGGACUCAGAGACUGAGUGUAAUGUCACACUAACGUUAGCCGAGCGUAGCGGAGCGCCUCCCGAGAGGUCGUCACAGGUGACAGAGGCAGCCCUGACUGUAUACAUGCCUCAUUCUCUGUGUGACGCCGACCUAGACUCCAUGCACACUGGACAUAUGUCCUCCAACAUGUUACCCCUAAGCCAUCCCAGCUCUCCUCACCCAGGUCUGUUCUCGGGUGAAAUCAAAACCGAACCUGAGCACUUGGAAUAUUCCUCUGCCCCCCAAGAGACCCCAGACCAGAACCCAUUUUUUGAGUGCGAAGACUCGAAUAGUAGCGCAACACAUAAUCACAGUGCCCCGGAACCCAUGCAGAACAAACCGGAAAUGCACGGUGUAGUGCACUACAUCAACGCAGAAGGUCUAAACACCUUUGUGGACACGUUUCCCUUCACAUGUCACCCAGAGUUGGUCCAGGACGCCAGGCGACAAAAUAGGCCUCUGCUUAGGCGUGAGGAGAGCCACAGCUGCAUCCUGUGCGGGAAGACGUUCAGCCGGAUCGGGAAUCUUCGAAUCCACCAGCGCUGUCACACAGGGGAGAAACCCUAUUGCUGCCUGCACUGUGGGAGACGCUUCAGUCACGCUGGGAACCUGCAGAAACACAAGAGGGUUCACACUGGGGAAAGACCGUAUGGCUGCCAACAGUGCGGCAAGACUUUCAGUCAGUCCAGUCACCUUAAGAAGCAUCAGAGAAUUCACGUUGUCAGGCAUCUUAGUGUUGAAUAAAGUUUCAGACUUUCAGAUUUAAUUGUCCUUGAAUCAAAAGUGAAGUGCAUUCGUUGAACUUUGGCCUGUUUGUAUGGAUGUUGGGGUGAUUUUUGUGCUGCACCCCCAAAGCAUAGUGUGCCACUUACUACAUGGUCACAAGGUAUAACGUAGACCACACUUUUUGAGAGUGAAAUUGGAGCUAGUUUGUGUAACAGCGUUGUCUGUCCCUCUCCAUGCUCGAACCAGGCAUCCUCUGAACACAACAACUGUCUCCAAAGUAUCAUUAACUAUUGCUCCACAAAAGCUGCAGACUAGUGCACGCCGCUAACUAGCUAGCCAAAUUUGACAUUGGCUGCACUCAACCUACUUUGACCUCCUCUGGACAAAGCCCAACUGUGUGAUCCCGGUCAACAGCAUUCAUGUAACAGUGUUGCUUCCGUCCCUCUCCUUACUUGAACCAGGGACACUAUGAACACACCAACAAACUGUCACCCACAAAGCAUUGUUACCGGUCACUCCAUAAAAGCUCUGGCUUUUGCAGAGCAAGGGAAACCUCUACUUCAAAGUCUCAGAGCGGGUGACGUCUACUAGCGCGCACCGCUAACUAGCUAGCCAUUUCACAUCGGUUAAACUGGGAUCAAACCAGCAACUGGCCUGUAGAGCCAACAACGUGACUGUGACUGCACUAACUGCAUUCCCAAUAGUCAACUCAUGGAAGUGUUUGUAAGAUCAUUACAAUGUGAGUUAUCUUAAUUGACAUAAUCAAGCAUGGAUCAAUACACGCUAUAUGGACUGACAGUGUGUAUGCAGCAUGUGUUUCAUAGAUAAGCUGUUCAAAUAAAUGUGUAAUUGGU